UGACUGAAUCGGGCGAAAAUACAAUAUUAAUGAAAACACGAUUUACGCUUGCGUGAAAUUUGAAAGAGCUGUUUUAUGACUUUUUCUGUGAGAACUGAACAUCCUGAAUUACUUUCCCCAUUAUAUCGAUCGCGUAAUAGUCUUAUACCCCAGCCAAUUGUCACACAAUUAUUUUGAUAGUGCGAUAAUAUCGGGCACUAUUUGUCUUAUACUUAUGCAACAUUGAGCAAUUGAGAAAUAUUACGCUUACAUAAAGGAAAUUUCAAAACAUUUUCAUCUUCACGAAAAGGUGCAAACAUUCCAUCGAGUAAUACGCUACCACACGCUCCUCGACAUUUGCAGAAUGGCGAUCUGUGUUGUGCAGCAGUAUUUUAGUAUCAAUAAAAUACUUUUUCGUGCAGUUGCCUUAUGGCCUUAUCAUCGAACGAAACUCGUUGAAUUUCACCUGACCUUCUUUCUUGUUAUUUUGAUUAGCUUUAUCGCUGCCCAGUUGGCAACAUUUCUGACUACAGAAUGCACACCUCAUAUGGCAAUUAAAAUUUUCUCUCUUGUAUUGUACUUUACUCUGUAUUUGAUAAACUACCUUUCCUUUCGUGUUAAUGCCCAUACUAUAGGAUGCCUAUUGGAGAAAUUUCAAUAUAUAUGUGACGAGCUAACAGAUGAAGGCGAAAUCGCUAUCAUAAAAGAAUAUGGAAAUGAGGCGAAACGUUUUACCGUUAUAAUUUCCUUGUACGGCAUGUUCAACAUACUCACUACGUGUCUUCUACCAGUUUUUCCGCGCAUUCUUCGUACUUUUACGUCCACAAAUGUGUCUGAAAAACAUUUUAUGAUACAUAUUCCGAGAGAAUACUUUAUCGAUCAAGAGAAAUAUUACUAUUGUAUUUUGCUGCACAUGGACGUUAGCCUCUUUAUGGGAGCAAUAGUAUUAGUAGCAACAGGAACAUUGCUGUUUGGCUGCAUGAAAUAUAUGUGUGGAUUAUUUAGAAUCGCCAGUUAUCGUAUUGAUCAAACAAUGAAGACUCCGAUGUUUCAAAUUGCUGGGUUGUCGAAGGAUUAUGUAAUUUAUAAAACGAUUGUGCAUGCCAUAGACAUUCAUCGCAAGGCAAUAGAAGUUUGUGAUAUAAUAAAAUCCAAUUUUGUGGGAAUGUCUUUUAUACUAAUGUUAAUUAGUGUUACUUCCUUAAGUCUCAAUCUUUAUGGACUUCACCAGGCUGUAAUGUUUGGAAACGCCACGGAGGAAUAUUUAGUGUAUGCUAAAGGUCUAUUUGUCACUCUACUAUAUAUAUUCAUAUGCAAUUACAUCGGACAAGAACUUACAGACCAUUAUAACCAUAUGUUUAUCAGCAUAUACAGUGUUCAGUGGUACGUAACUCCCUUACACAUACAGAAAAUAAUUUUGUUCCUGUUGCAAAGAGGCACUAAAAAUUUUUAUUUCGUUUUUGGUGGAAUAUUAGUGAUGUCUAUAGAAAAUGCGACCACGGUAAAAUUAUUUCAUGUUAUGUCAUGUUAUAAAAAUAUAUCAAAUUAUAAUCUUCCAACCAGCAUGCACUUUGAGUUAAAAAAUGAAAAAUAUGUUUCAGUUAGUAAGCGCUUCCAUAUCGUAUUUCACCGUUCUCCAUUCUAUGCAGCAACCUGAUAUAAUUACAUAACUAAAAUGAGUUUAUGGCGUUUCGAUUAGAUCGAAUUAAAAUUAGAUUCUACAUACUAGAGAAUUCUGAAGUAACAUUCUUACCGUCGAACGGAGAAGAAAUUUUUAAUCAUCGGAGCAACUCAUCAUGAUAUUUUCCUGCGUAAUUCAAAGUAUAAAUUCGCAACAAUGGGUGCAUCGUACGAUUUUAUUAGUGUUUCUUUAAUCGAAACUUUAAAGUAAUCCAUAUAUGUACACAAGAUUAUAAUAUAUAAUUUGUGCGUUUAUAAUAUCUCAUUACAUAUUAUAAAUAAGUGCGGGACAUGAGUAGUAACAAAAUUUAAACCAAACUCACAAUAUAUUAGUUACCUUUGACAUAUUAUUCACACUUCGCGAUAUGUAUAUAACCAGUGCUGAAUGUGUCUACCUCAUUUGAAUAUUAAAUAUAUAUCACAUAUAUAUAAAAAGUCAAAUAAAGUUAUCCUUUAGUGAUUUAGUAAUUCUUCGCUAAUUUAGCUCUUUGUCAAUGUUUUCAAUAAAAACAUCAAAAUCGGAUUAAUAAUACGUUAGAAGAUAAUUUACAUUCUCAUUGGAUUUAUAGAUAACAUCAUCCUAAGAUAUUAUACAAUUGAGAAUAUGUGUACUCCAACAUCCAUUCAACAAUGGUUAGUAUGUAUUUUACGUUUUACGCUGUACUCUAUAUUAACGCUGCAUUUUAUGUUUCACCAAAUCAUAGUUUGCAGUUCCGGUACAAGAUUGAAAUGUUAAACCGAAUAUGGAACUUUGCAAAAAUAUAAACGUAUUCCGAACUUGGAAUGAAAUGGAUACUAUCAAUGUACUCAAGAUAAAUGAUAUGUGGUUGCAUGAACUUCGUUCAAGACAUCAUGCUACGAUUCUUCGCCAGUUGAAAAUAAAAAAGCAAUAAAUUUCAUUCCUUACCUUGAUAGAAAUCUGUGCAGUUUUUCUAGACACCCAAGCAGUUACUGUCUAGUAUUACUGUAGUCUCAUAAAUUGUAUCAUUACUGUGUAGGAAAUGGACAAAACUAGAUAGAGUUUUACUAAGCCCAUUUUAUGAGCAGUAAACUUGCUUAGUAAUAGGUUAAAUAGUUUAAUAGAUUUAAUAGUUUGAAGAAGCUAAGAAGAAUUUAAAAAAAUGUAUAACGUUAAAUAUAUUUUUACGUAGUAGAUAAUGCAACAUGUAAUAGCUGAAUAUACAUAUAAAAUGAAUAUGUUUAACGCGAGUCAAGUUUAUUAAAUAUUAAUUUAGUUGCAAUACACGAAAUUCUGAAUAAUAUAACUUACGUAGAAAAGACAUCUUCGUAUUGCAAUAAAAGAACAAAAUGUCCAUGUAUCCAUACAUCUUUGGAGAGUACAACCGUAUCACACAAAAGCCUACACUCGAAUGAAAUUUGCGAAAAUACAAUAUUAAAGAAAACGCGAUCUGCGCUACCGUGAAAUUUGAUAGAGAUAUCAUUUUGUGACUCUUUUUCUGUGGGAACUGAACAUACGCUGAACGUACGCUUCCCCUAUCGAUCGCAUAAUAGGCGACUUCUACCGCAGCCAAUUGUCACUAAAGUAUUGCGAUAGUGCGAUAAUAUAGUGCACCAUUUGUCUUAUACUUAUGUAAAAUUGAGCAAUCAGAAAUAUUACAUUUACAUAAAAAAAAUUUCAGAAUAUCUUUAUCUCAAAAAAAAUGCAAGCUCUCGUCUGAUAUUUUUCCAGCAAAUGUUCCUUGAUAUUCGCAGUAUGACGAUCUGCGUUGUGGAUCAGCAUUUUAGUCUUAAUAAAAUACUUUUGCGUGCACUUGCCUUAUGGCCUUAUCAUCGCACGAAACUCGUUGAAUUACACCUGGUCUUGUUGUUUUUUAUUUUCAUUAGCUUCAUCUUAGUUCAAGUAUGUUUAACCAUAUGAGUAUAAGUUUAAUCAUAUUAAUACGUUACUAUACAGAUUUUUCUUUAUAGCCACUCUAAUAAUACUUCUGCACUUUAUUAAUAACAUUGUUUAUAUCGCCUUUAAUUACUAAAUGUGUAGGAAGAACACAUUUAUUACGUUAUGGUUACAUAUUUUUACAAAGCGUCCAUUUAAUAAUUGAUUAUUUUAUCUUACUAUAUUGCUAAUCAUACACAAAAGCAGCAUGUAACUUUUAUUUUUAUAAAUCUUUAAUUGUAGUUGACAACAUUUCUAACUACAGAAUGCACCCCUAAUAUGAGAAUUAGAAUUUUCUCCUUUGUAUUGUAUUUUACUAUAUAUCUAAUAAAGUACAGUUGCUUCUGCAUUAAUAGUGAUACUGUAAGUUAAGUUUUAUUUUACUUAUUGUAAUAAAUAUUAUUGACAAAUGA